GCAUUCCCUUCUGCCACCGCCGCCGAAGCCGCAGCCGCCGCGCGACCGUAUCUCGUUGCCGGCCGCCGCAGUGAGUCUACCGAUCGCCGAGACCGCGUUACGACAAUAAUAAAAUAUUAUAUGAUUUUUUUUUCAAAUACGACGUUCUCGUUGUUUACACGCACUACGCACGCACACACGUCGGCGCUGAUAGCGACGGACGCUGUCUGCUCGCGACCAUUCGUUUAUAUCGUUGUUGUGUGGUGUGUACUUCAGUAGUAGUUGUUGUCGGUAUUCUGAUACCGCGAUAUUGUGUGUACGUCCCGUCUGUAGAUUAUUAUAUUAUUACGUCAAUAAUCGUCGCCGCCGUCCGUACUAUAAUAAUAUUAUUAAUUUCGCGCGCGCCGCGGCCGUUUACGAAUCGAUCGACCUCCGCCGCCGCCUAAAUUGAUGCUGCCCGUCAUCCGAGUGCGAUCGUCGCGUCCCCUCUGUCGUCGUCGUCGUCCUCUUCGUCCUACUGUGCACUGCCGUCUGCUGUAAAUGUUUCGUUAUGAAGACAUGGUGACGUAGCUGGUUAUUUGUGUUCAAUACACUCCAGGAGAAUGCUUGUUUCAAACCAUAUUCAUCGUAUUUGGAUAAUAUGGGCCACUGUUAUUGCAGUGUGCACCUGUGUUCCGGUACCAUGUCCUCAAGAUACAUGUAUUUUGCCUGACAAUAAAGACAAUCAGUGUAGAGAUUUAGAUGCAUACCUUAAGUGUAUGAAAUCAUUAUCAAAAAAAUGUCGUGGUGAUAUUGGUUAUCAUUCAGCUAUUACAGUAUCAAAUUCAGAGUUUAAAAAGAAAUGUAUMGGCCAUGAAGAUUUUUCCAGAAAUAAUAGUGGUGAAAAUUCCCAAAUGGUUCCAUCUACUCACAACGGACCUGCUUGCCCAUUGCUGUUUGAUGAUAAAAAAGAACACCGGUUUUGUGGCUUGUUUGGUGAUCCUCAUUUGAGGACAUUYGAUGGCAAAUAUCAAACUUGUCUGAUUCGUGGAGCUUGGCAAGUAAUUGAGAAUCCAUUUUUUAGUAUUAUGGUAACCAAUGACGCCAUUUUAAAUAGCACAACAGCCACAGCUCCAACUAAGUUAACAGUUAUGUUAAAAGCACACAAACCUGAGUGUACCCCUUAUAAAUUAUAUGAAGCACAAGGAGAUCUUCAGUUACCUGAUAAAUUUGAAGAUAGUACCACUUCAUCUGGACCAGCAUCAUCACCAACUGUUUCUCUUUCCUGGCGCUCAAAUGACCACAACAGUGAGACAGUAAUCAUACGAUUAUCCUAUAUUUCUACAAUUAUAACUAUUACCCGUGUUGGCAAAUAUCUGUCUAUUUCUGCUAAAAUGCCAGACCAGUUGACACAAGUAUUUGAUCAGGAUAAGAAUGUAUUAUGUUCUACUGGUUGUCCGGCUUCUGAACAAAUAGAUAUUAAACAAGUUCCAAUAAAUGAAUUAGAUCGUGGGUUGACUUUAUGUCAUAACAGUAUUGGGCCCACUGGGCACAAACUAACUGAUCAGUAUUUAGAUUGGUGUGUGUUCGAUAUUAUGACUUCUCAUGAUGAGCAAUUCAUCAAUGCUUCACAUGCGGCRUACUCUGAUGUAUUGUUUUUUGAACCACGCUCAUUGUUUAAUAGAACGAUUAGUGUAUUUGAGUUUAACCCCGAUUCAACAGCUGAUGCCAAUAAUACACCUAGAUUAAAUUUAUUUAUUCUCAUUAUCGUUACAUUGUACAACUUUCUUUGAGUGUUCCUAAUAUUGUAGAUUAAGAUGACACCAUGCCUUUAUUUAUUGUCUCUAUUUUACGCUCGGCAUACAUUAUAUUAUAUAUACAUUAUACAUAUAUUCUAUAUAUACUAUUUUCCCUCUAAAAAUGCUAUUAUACCUUAGUUCAAUUUAUGCGUGCGUCAAAUAUGACAAUAAAAGUUAGGAUGUGGUCUUUUAAGUAUUUAGCGUAUUUUUUCUGAUUAUUUAUUAUUUAUUUUUAAUAGACUAUAGUUUAGUUUACCUGCCAAUAUUUAUUCAAUGAAUUGAUUGAUUUAUUAAUUUCAAUUCUAUGUAUUAAAAAUCCUUAUAACUUAAUUUAUA